AUGUGUAAAAAAUCUGCGGAAUUGCUUCAAAAAUCCUUAAAUACUUCAGUUAAUCCGUGCGACAACUUCUACGAGUUUGCUUGUGGUGGCUGGCGCAAAAUACCCAUUCCAGAAAACAAAUAUGCCGUCGGUCCUAUAACCAAUAUGGCUGAGUUAAUGAUGUCACGAAUAAAGGACUUGUUAAUGUCGUUUAACGUUGCCGUUGAUGGUAAAUCUCAUGCAAAAGUGGUCACAUUAGCGGCAAAAACUUUUCAACAAUGUGUUAACGCGACUGACAAUAAAAAAGGCUUAAACCAUCUGAAAGCGGCAGUAAACGAAGUUUUUGGUGGAUGGGGCAUUGGUCAAAAGAACACUGGCCAUGCUCACAAAGAACAAAGUUGGCAUGAGUACCUGGUGCUUGCACUUACAAGAGGAAACAUUUGGCCUGUUAUUGACAUUCGUAUGACGACCAACUCCUAUAAUUCAAGUGAAAACGACAUUGGAUUUGCUCCAGCUGAUCUUGGGCUGGGCGAUCAUCAGUUGAAAAAUUUGUCUGUUUACCCUUCUGUAAUUACUGGCUACAAAAAAUAUAUUGCAAGUUACGGAAAACUGUUUUGUGGAUCAGAUUGCUCUACUCUAGAAAAAGACAUUGAUGAGAUGUUGCAUUUAGAAUCGCAACUUGCCAAUGCUCGCUCUCCACCAGAAGCUUUGCAUGAUACGGCAAACAGUGACGUCAAGCUAACCAUUAAAGAGUUAAGUGAAAAAUCGUCUUUCAACUGGCACAAAGAGGUAAUUGUGCCCAUUUACCAAUCCUUCGGCUUGUCCAACUUUCCUCUUGAAUCUGCAAACGUAAACAUUUACGAUGCUUCAUACUUGCUUAAAGCGGUAGAAAUUUUGAAAAAAGCUUCGCCUCGAACCGUUGCCAAUCUGUUUGCCUGGCGACUUGUUCAGGGUUAUGGUUCCGCCGCCUCUGAGCAGUUUCGUUUAAUUACAUUUGACUUUCUCAAAGUAAACAUGGGCAUUAAAAAACUGGACGAACGUUGGAAAUAUUGCAUGGGCUUUGUCAAUGGUCACUUUGGUUUUGACCACCUGGCAGUGCCUGUCAGUCGACUUUACGUCGACCGGUAUUUUUCAAAGGCAGAAAGAACUGAAGCACUAAAAAUGGUGGAAUCAAUUCAAAAGUCAUUCGGACGACUGUUGCUUGAUAACGAAUGGCUCGACGAGGACACUCGUUUUGCUGCGCUCGACAAACUGGCACUGUUGACUAAGAAAGUUGCCUACCCAGAGAGUUUUCUUGAUAAUGCCCAUUUGGAUGCAAACUACGGUUUGAAUAAUGCCACGUUUGCUAAAGAAGUUCAAGAACAAGAAAAUCAUCUGUUGAGUAUGAUGGCCGCUAACAAUGCAUUCAUAAAACUGCAGUUUCAGCAAAUUAAUGGUUUGCCUGUUUAUAAUAAAGAGUCAUGGAUUAUUCCCCCUAACACUAUUAAUGCUGUAUACAACUACCACGACAAUUCAAUAACUAUUCCAGCAGGUUUCCUGAUGUUUCCAUCAUUUAGUAAAGAAAGGCCGUUUAGCCUUAACUACGGUGCAAUUGGAUCCAUUGUUGGUCAUGAGAUCACGCAUGGAUUUGAUGAUAAGGGAAGACAGUUUGACAGAAACGGCAACCUGAAUAACUGGUGGUCAAACGACACUGCAACUAAAUACAAACAGCGAGGGGAGUGUUUAGUCAAACAAUACAGCAGUCUUGUUGAACCGGUCACUGGAAUGCAUCUUAACGGAAAAAAUGGUUUAGGUGAAAAUACGGCUGAUAAUGGCGGUGUUCACCUUUCAUAUGAAGCUUUUCGCCAUGAACAGCAGCAACAUCCUUCCACACGACUAGCCGAUUUGCCACAAUAUUCGCCUGAACAGCUUUUUUUCCUUUUUUAUGCAAACGGAUGGUGUGACAUGGUUAGACCUGAAAUAAUGCCAACUGUUGUCAGCGAUACUCAUUCACCAAGCCAAUUUCGAGCAAAUGUUCCGUUAAUGAAUUCUAAAGAUUUUGCUGCUGCUUUUAAAUGUCCAGUUGGAUCAAAAAUGAACCCAAAAGAAAAAUGUGUCGUUUGGUAA